UCGAGACAGGGUUUCUCUGUGUAGCUUUGCGCCUGUCCUGGAACUCACUUGGUAGUCCAGGCUGGCCUCGAACUCACAGAGAUCCACCUGGCUCUGCCUCCCGAGUGCUGGGAUUAAAGGCGUGCGCCACCACCGCCCGGCAAGUUAACUUAUUUAAACCAUAUUUUAUGUUUGUUAUAUGUUCUUAUUUGAAAAUUCAGAAGAAUGUAUAUUUAACAUUUCUGUGAAUUCUUGACAGUUCAAACAGAAUUGAAGCUCCAUGUGUAGAGAUGUCUGUCCUUCAGUUGAUGUUUUUGUAAGUAACUAAACUUGUAGUAGAAUAUUUUAAGGGGUGUUACUUUUGUUCAUAUUGCAUUUGUUUAACUCUGGGAAGCUGUGUUACUGUGCCUGAUGGUCUAAUAAAGAGAUGGCCAAUAGCAAGGCAGGAGAAAGGAUAGGCGGGAUUGGCAGGCAGAGAGAAUAAAUAGAAGGAGAACUCUGGGAAGAGGGGUUGGAGAUCUAAGAUCAAGGAGCCAGAGGAGGAGGAGGAGGAGGACUGCAGGGACCAGCCACCCAGCUGCACAGCCAGCCAGGGAGCAAGAGUGAGAUUACAGAAGUAAGAGAACAGGAAAAGCCCAGAGGCAAAAGAUAGAUGGGAUAAUUUAACAUAAGGAAAGCUGGCUAGAAACUAAGCCAAGCUAAGGCCAGGCAUUCAUAAGUAAGAAUAAGCCUCUGUGUGUGAUUUAUUUGGGAGCUGGGUGGUGGGCCCCCCAAAAGAGCCAAAAAACCAAUAGCAUAAACUCAGGAGAAGAAAAGCAUGCUGGGCUCCUGACUUGCCAGCUGCACUAACACCUUUGAUCGGUUCCUUCUGUAUAUGGCCACACUCCAGGGGCUUUGGGGAACCGGUAAGCCUCCCUGUACCUGGCGAUGUACCUGCGAUCCCAGCCACAUGUUUAUCCACUGGGAUGACAUCAGCAGACUUUCAGCAAAGUUAACUAUUAAGUGGUUAGGAUGAAAGGUCAGGAGCCCUGCCUUUAACUGGGACAUGAGAAUGGGAAAAGCACAUUGCCCCUUAACAUCUGCUUCCCUUGAGGAAAGGGUAAAGAAGAAACAACACAAUCGUAGAAAAGUCUUCACUACAGGAGUGAUCUGGAAGUCAUUAUGGAGGAGUACUGCAACUCUACUUUUUGGGUGAGAAAUUACAUUUAUUCUCACGUUUCUUCUUCUCAAACUCAUGGCCAUCAGUAUGAAUCAGUAAAUUUAGAAGUGUAUUUGGCCUAAAGUUUAGUUUAAGAAAAAAAAAUCCUAAUUUCUCCACAUGAUUGAACCAUCUGGGAAAGAUAUUACAGUUUAUUCUUAAGCUGUUUGUUUGCAGGUGAUUUUCUUGAACUGUCUAGCUACAGAAGCACCUUCUAUCAGAAAUGGUGAAAAAUGCAGUAUCUUCAGUCCUAGGAAUGAAAUUGUUAUAUUUCCACUUUUGUUGUAGGGUAGGAGGAAAAGGAGAAGGCGCCUGUCUGAGCCCUUUUGGAAUGUACUGAUGUUGAUUGAGAUGAUAAUUAUGUGUUCUAGGGUGCUGUCAGCUGAGGGUAUAGACUAUGAAUUGAGGCCAGAAUCAUAAAUUUGGGCAUUAUGAGCACUGAAAUAACUUUUGUCUUUUUUGAGACAAGGUCUCUCUAUGUAGCUCUGCUGGCCUGGAGUGCUCUAUGUAGACCAGGUUGGCCUUGAACUCACAGAGAAUCCACCUGCCUCUCGAGUGCUGAGCUUAAAGGUGUGUGCCACCAUCCCUGGCCCGGGAUAAUUUUCUAACUAUUAGAAGUGUGUAGCACUGCCUUUAGAGAAGGAAGGAGCACUGGAGAAGGGCCGGUGUUUUGGAGGGGGAGGGUUAAAUAAGAAUAGCACAGUGUAGAGCCAUGGAGAGCUGGGACUUUCAGGCCAGAGCACAUUGCCAAAUGGCUUGGUGGAUGGAGAGUGAGAUUCUAAGUGUUGCCUGCAAACCCUUUACACCAUGUUCAAAUAUGUUAGGUGAGUUUUCAGAAUUCUAAAGCUUGGGGACCUUCCAUAGUGAUGAGAGGAGCAGGAAUGAUAUUGCAGACAGUCCUGAAUAUGUUAGGAAGAACUUGAGCCGCCAGGCCUCCAUGGCCAGCACAUGAAGACUAUCAGAAGGUAGCAAACCAUCUCUUGAGAACCUCCUCUGAGAAUUAGUCAACAAAUCAUCUUGGCAGGCACUUUAACCUUUCCUUUAAAGCAUCAGUACCAAGAGAGCUACAAAACCUUUGAAAGAAUUGAUGGAAAAAGAGAAAUCUACCUUCUCCUGAUUCCAAUACAGGGACCUCGACCCAACUCCAUCCCCAAAGACUCUUUCAUUUAUUACAUGCAAAGUAAAAAACAUGCUUCCUGUCCAAGAGUGCAUUGUCACUCCUUCACCAAAAUGUACCAGGUCCCCUUGGCUUUGAUAGAAGCCUUCUCAGCCAUAAUAGUCUAUGUCAUAGUACGACUAAAUAUCCUGUCUAUCUGCUAUCUGCAGGUUAGAUUAUCUGCCACCAAGUAACAUGCUCUUACACCUGGGAAACUAUUCUCCCCUUUGGAUAGAGGAAUAGUCUUUCUUCUUCCUAUAAUUUGCUAAACAUUUUAGCAAGUUUUACACAGACUAGUCAGUGUAGAAAUCACUUAAAACUGCAUGAAGGUACGUUUUUAGAGGUGGGAUUGCCAGGAAAGGCCCUAAAUGUUAUUAAAUGGUGACUUUGUAUUAAUGUAAUGUAUUAUAUUAAAUGAUGAGCACAAAAAUACAGGUAGUUAAAAGGUAAAGCUUGCUGUAGACAUGGAGUUGAAUUCCAGUUGUUAGGAAGCAUGUGGAGAACGCUGGGAGAAUGGACAUCUUUUAAAAAGUAUGAAUAUGUGUUUAACAGUUUUUCCCUUUCGGUCCCCCAGAAUUCCUCAUUACUGGACAGACCAGAUGCAGACCUGCCACUUUGUUUUGAACAAACUGUCCUCGUGUGGAUUCCCCUGGGCUUUCUUUGGCUCUUGGCUCCUUGGCAGCUUUUCAGUGUCUAUAGAUCCAGAACCAAGAGGUCAUCUCUAACUAAAUUCUACCUUGCUAAGCAGGUGCUCGUCCUGUUUCUUCUCAUUGUAGCAGCCAUAGACCUGGCUCUUGCACUCACAGAAGAUUCUGGACAAGCCACAAUUCCUCCUGUUAGAUAUACUAAUCCAAUCCUCUACAUAUGCACAUGGCUCCUGGUUCUGGUGAUCCAACACAGCAGGCUGUGGUGCAUACAGAAGAACUCAUGGUUCCUGUCCCUAUUCUGGAUUCUCUCAAUAUUCUGUGGCACGUUCCAAUUUCAAACUCUGAUACGAGCCCUCCUGCAGGACAGCAAGUCUAACAUGGCCUACUCCUGCCUGUUCUUCAUCUCCUAUGGGUUCCAGAUCAUCAUCCUUAUCCUUUCAGCCUUUUCAGAACAAAGUGACUUAUCACAUAAUCCAUCAUCCACGGCUUCAUUUCUGAGUAGCAUUACGUUUAGUUGGUUUGACAGCACUGUUCUGAAAGGUUACAAGCAUCCGUUGACACUAGAAGAUAUCUUGGAUGUUGAUGAAGGGCUUCAAACCAAGUCGGUCGUAAGCAAGUUUGAAGCGUUCAUGACAAAGGACCUGCAGAACGCCAAGCAGGCUCUUCAGAGGCGGCGGAAGAAGUCCCAGCGGAACCCUGAUGCCGCACUACACGGUUUGGACAAGAACCAGAGUCAGAGCCAAGAUGUUCUUGUCCUGGAAGAAGCUAAAAAGAAGAAAAAGAAGUCUAGGACCACAAAAGACUAUCCCAAAUCCUGGCUGAUCAAGUCCCUCUUCAAAACUUUCUAUGUGGUGAUCUUGAAAUCAUUUAUAUUGAAAUUAAUCCAUGAUAUUCUUCUGUUUCUGAAUCCUCAGAUACUGAAAUUCCUCAUUGCCUUUGUGAGCGAUCCUAACUCGUAUGCGUGGCUUGGCUAUGUCUCUGCGAUCCUAAUGUUUGCUGUGACGCUCAUCCAGUCCUUCUGCCUCCAGUAUUAUUUUCAGUUGUGUUUCUUAUUGGGAAUGAGUGUACGGACAACGCUCAUGGCUUCGGUAUAUAAGAAGGCACUGAGCCUGUCUAACUUGACCAGGAGGCAGUACACCGUUGGAGAAACAGUGAACUUGAUGUCUGUGGAUUCCCAGAAGCUAAUGGAUGUGACCAACUACAUACACUUGGUGUGGUCAAGUGUUUUACAAAUCGCCUUAUCCAUCUUCUUCCUGUGGAGAGAGUUGGGACCUUCAGUCUUAGCAGGUGUUGGGGUAAUAGUUCUUCUAAUCCCAGUGAAUGCAGUACUGGCUACCAAGAACAGGAAGAUUCAGGUCCAAAAUAUGAAGUAUAAAGACAAGCGGUUAAAAACCAUGAAUGAGAUUCUCAGUGGAAUUAAGAUCCUGAAGUAUUUUGCCUGGGAACCUUCAUUCAGAGACCAAGUCCAUGGCCUUCGGAAGAAAGAACUCAAGAAUUUGCUAUUAUACGGCCAGCUUCAGACUUUGAUGGUAUUCUUCUUGCAAUUAACGCCAAUCCUGGUGUCUGUGAUUACCUUUUCUGUUUACGUCCUGGUGGACAGCAACAACGUCUUGAAUGCAGAGAAGGCUUUCACCUCCAUCACCCUCUUCAAUGUCCUGCGCUUUCCUCUCACCAUGCUCCCCAUGGUGACCUCUUCGAUGCUCCAGGCCAGUGUUUCUGUGGAACGGUUAGAGAAGUACUUGGGAGGGGAUGACUUGGACACAUCUGCCAUUCGCCAUGUCCGCAAUUCUGAUAAAGCUGUGCAGUUUUCAGACGCCUCUUUUACUUGGGACCGGGACUUGGACGCCACAAUCCGGGAUGUGAACCUGGAUAUAAAGCCAGGCCAGUUGGUGGCCGUGGUGGGCACUGUAGGCUCUGGGAAGUCCUCUUUGAUAGCAGCCAUGCUGGGAGAAAUGGAAAACGUCCAUGGGCACAUCACUAUCCAGGGCACCACAGCCUAUGUCCCUCAGCAGUCCUGGAUUCAGAAUGGGACCAUCAAAGACAACAUCCUUUUUGGAUCAGAAUUCAAUGAAAAGAAGUACCAGCAAGUUCUUGAAGCUUGUGCUCUCCUCCCAGACUUGGAAAUAUUGCCUGGAGGAGACAUGGCUGAGAUUGGAGAGAAGGGUAUAAAUCUCAGUGGCGGUCAGAAGCAGCGAGUCAGCCUGGCUAGAGCUACCUAUCAAAACUCAGACAUCUAUAUUCUGGAUGACCCCCUGUCGGCUGUGGAUGCUCACGUGGGGAAACACAUUUUCAAUAAGGUCGUGGGCCCCAAUGGCCUGUUGCGUGGCAAGACUCGAAUCUUGGUUACUCAUAGCAUUCACUUCCUUCCCCAAGUGGAUGAGAUUGUAGUUCUGGGGAACGGCACCAUCUUAGAGAAAGGAUCCUAUCAGGAUCUGCUGAGCAAGAAAGGAGUGUUUGCUAAGAAUCUGAAAACAUUCAUGAAGCAUUCAGGGCCAGAAGGAGAGGCCACAGUCAAUGAUGACAGUGAGGAAGAUGAUGAUGAGUGUGGGCUGAUGCCAACUAUGGAGGAAAUCCCUGAGGAUGCAGCUUCCUUGACCAUGAAAAGAGAAAACAGCCUUCGCCGAACACUGAGCCGCAGCUCCAGGUCCAGUGGCAGGCACAGGAAGUCCCUCAAAAACUCCUUGAAAAUUAAGAAUGUGAAUGCCUUGAAGGAGAAGGAAGAACUAGUAAAAGGACAAAAACUAAUUAAGAAGGAAUUUGUGGAAACCGGGAAGGUAAAGUUCUCCAUCUACCUGAAAUAUCUACAAUCAAUAGGAUGGUGUUCAAUAGCCUUCAUCAUCUUUUCCUAUGCAUUAAAUUCUGUUGCUUUUAUUGGAUCUAAUCUCUGGCUGAGUGCUUGGACCAGUGACUCUCAAAACUUCAAUGGCACCGACUACCCAGCUUCUCAGAGAGACAUGAGAAUUGGCGUCUUUGGAGCUCUGGGAUUGGCACAAGGUAUCUUUGUGCUUUCGGCGACUAUCUGGAGUGUGUACGCUUGCAACCAUUCAUCAAAAACUUUGCACAAGCAACUCUUAACCAACAUCCUUCGAGCACCCAUGAGUUUUUUUGACACAACUCCCACAGGCCGGAUUGUGAACAGAUUUGCUGGUGACAUUUCUACUGUGGAUGACAUACUCCCCCAGACUCUGCGAAGCUGGGUUAUGUGCUUUCUGGGCAUAAUUAGCACUCUGGUGAUGAUCUGCAUGCCCACUCCGAUCUUCGCUGUCAUCAUCAUUCCUCUUGGCAUUAUUUAUGUGUCUGUUCAGAUGUUUUACGUGGCUACUUCCCGCCAGCUGAGACGGCUGGAUUCUGUCACCAGAUCCCCAAUCUAUUCUCACUUCAGUGAGACAGUUUCAGGCUUGCCUGUUAUCCGUGCCUUUGAGCACCAGCAGCGAUUUCUAACAUGCAGUGAGGGACGGAUUGAUACCAACCAGAAAUGUGUCUUUUCCUGGAUUACCUCCAACAGGUGGCUUGCAGUUCGUCUGGAGCUGGUUGGAAACUUGAUUGUCUUCUGUUCAGCCUUGCUUCUGGUUAUUUAUAAAAAUUCCUUAACUGGGGACACUGUGGGCUUCGUUCUGUCCAAUGCCCUCAAUAUCACACAAACCCUGAACUGGCUGGUAAGGAUGACGUCAGAAGCAGAGACCAACAUUGUGGCUGUUGAGCGAAUAAAUGAAUACAUGCAUGUGGAAAAUGAGGCACCCUGGGUGACAGAUAAGAGGCCUCCAGCAGACUGGCCCAGCAAAGGUGAGAUCCAGUUUAACAACUAUCAAGUCCGAUAUCGGCCUGAGCUGGAUCUGGUCCUGAGAGGGAUCACUUGCCACAUCAAGAGCACCGAGAAGAUCGGUGUGGUGGGCAGGACCGGAGCUGGGAAGUCGUCCCUCACAAACUGCCUCUUCAGAAUCUUAGAGUCUGCAGGUGGCCAGAUCAUCGUGGAUGGAGUGGAUAUUGCUUCUAUUGGACUGCACGACCUUCGGGGAAAACUGACCAUCAUCCCGCAGGACCCCAUCCUGUUCUCUGGGAGUCUGAGGAUGAAUCUGGACCCUUUCAACAAACACUCAGAUGAGGAGAUUUGGAAGGCCUUGGAACUGGCUCACCUCAAAUCCUUUGUAGAAGGCUUACAACUUGGGUUGUACCAUGAAGUGGCAGAGGGUGGUGACAAUCUGAGCAUAGGGCAGAGGCAGCUCCUGUGCCUGGGCAGGGCUGUGCUGCGGAAAUCCAAAAUCCUGGUCCUGGACGAGGCCACAGCUGCGGUGGAUUUAGGGACAGACAACCUUAUUCAGACGACCAUCCGCAACGAGUUCUCUGACUGCACGGUCAUCACCAUUGCCCACAGGCUGCACACCAUCAUGGACAGUGACAAGAUAAUGGUCCUCGACAAUGGGAAGAUUGUGGAGUACGGCAGUCCUGAAGAACUGCUGUCCAAAACGGGUCCCUUUUAUUCUAUGGCCAAGGAAGCUGGCAUUGAGAAUGUGAACAACACAGAGCUCUAACAGCUGGUUCCACAGCUGGAGAACUAUGAGGAGCCUCCUUAUUUACUUGUGGGUUUUGUGACUACGUCAUGGGUGCAAAGAUACAUAUUUUGUUGCAGUUGCUCAGGUUGGCCUCAAACUCUUAGGCUCAAGCAAUCUCUGGUCUCAGCCUCCCAUGUAAAAAUAUACAUUUAAAAGAGUAUCAUAAAUGGAUACUUAAAUAAUAUUGUUAGGUACCUUAGAAAAUCCUCAGCUGAGCUGGGGAAAUGGCUCAGAGUGUUGCCUUGAAAGCAUGAGGACCAGAGUUUGAGCCCCAGAUUCAUUUUUUUUCAAGUGGGCAUGGUGGCACAUGGUUAUAAUGCUAGUGCUGGAGAGCCAGAGAUUGGCAGAUCCUGGGGCUCAAUGGCCAGUCAGCAUCGCCUGCUUGGGAAAUUCCAGGUCAGGAAGAGACCCUGUCUCAAAAAACCCAGGUGGACAGCGCCAAAGGAACAGCACUUGAGGUUGAACUCUGACCUCAACACACACAUUUCCUACAUAUACAAACAUGUGCAUACGCAUCUUAAAAAGAAGAACCCUCAUUGCUCUGCCUUGCUUAGAAUUUCUUGCUACCCCCCAUUCCCAGAAAUAACCGUUAUCCUAAAUUUCGUAAUUUGUUUGCCUGUUGUUUUAACUUUUACCACCUUUGUAUAUUUAAGAAAUGUAUGCUGUCUAUUCCGAUGUAAAUGGACUCAUACUGCAUGUAUCAUAUGGCUAUACCUUUGUUCAACAAUACAUUUGCAAUUUGUCUGCAUUGAUGCACAUGCGAGGUGCCUUCACUUCUACUGCUCUUCGGCAGGACAGCAUUGUGUAGUGACUAGAUCGUACUUAAUCUACUUACGUAUUGGUGAGUGGUAGGCUUAUGUCCAGGGUUUCUCCUUUUCUAUCAUUAACAUUAGUGCUAUGAACAUCCUGGGUUGCUGUGUUUGUUUCUCUAAAGCCUAGUUUGGAAAUGGGGAUUGUGCAAUGUUUACAUGUCCAUCCUGAGCAGUUCCAGUUUAAACAGUGAGUACAACUACGACUUUAUUUUGGGGUCAUUGUGUAUGUCCCUGGCUUCUGUGGAGGGGCAAUAUCUCUGUGUUUCUUGGAGGGGCAUUCAGAUUUAUUAUAUAGUUUUUAAAAGGUUGUAUCUCAUUAUUUCAAUAUCUGGAUUCUUUCUCAUCUAUUGCUUUUAAUGUUUAUUUUUGCUUAUUGAUUUUUCAUUUUUAAAAAAUUUAUUUAUUUUAUUGUAUCAUAUGAAUAUUUUGCCUGCCUGCAUGUAUGUGGACCAUGUGCAUCAGAAGCUGGAAGAGGGCUCCAGAGCCCCUGGAGUCACAGACAGCUGUGAGCCACCAUGUGGGUGCUGGAAUCGAACCUAAGUCCUCUGCAAGAACAGCAAAUGUUCUUGACCACAGCUAUCUCUCCAACUCCCCCUGCUCCCAUGCACUAUUUUUUUUUUAUUUUUGAUGUCUUAUUUUUUGUAUGUCUUCUGAAUUUUUUCUGUGAACUUCUUAUCUCCCUUAUGAUUCGAUCUGGGAAUAUUCUUUGAGGUUGGAGUUAAACCCAAAUUCUUCCUAAGAAAAUUUUUGAAGGCUUCUGCCAGCCACCUGGGAUAUCCCCCAGACCUCUUGGGACUAAAUUCUCCACUAAGAGUCCAAACCAAGCAAUUCAGGCAGCUUCAGAUCAAAGUCAUAUAUAAGCCCUGGUUUGUGAUUUACACGUCUCAAGGAGAGUCUCUGCUUCAUCGAUAAGGUGGAGAUGGGCAUGGGCUUCUGCUGCUGUUGGUGGCAUCUGGAUUCUAUGUGGCCAGCUCGAGAGUAGUUGUUUCAAGACUCAAGUUUAUCAGAGGAGUCUGUAUGGGUUUAUCUUGGCUUUAUCUCUUAGCUGGCACCCUCUAUUAGCAACAGAAGUAGACUUAAGCUUUCUUUUUGGAAGUCUGCCUGCCCUUGUCUCAACCUCAAGAUGCCUUUUUGUGUCACCUUGGAGGAGCAUUGUAUUCUUCCGAUUGAGGAUGUAAUUAUGAAGACUUUAAUCUAUCCAGCACAUCACUGUUUAGUCAGGUUCUCAGAGGAAGGGUAUAAAGCUAAAGUAGCCUCCGUCUCCUUGCUCUGGCAGUUACCAAUUGCAUCCUUUAUCCAAAUCAUAGCUCUCCCCUACCCUCUAAAAGUAGCUCUGAUUCGCUAACACUGUACAGGUUUCCAGGACAUGAAUGGUGACCAGCAAAGUUGUGUGGCUGUCAAACAGCUCGGGAACGUUAUAAAUAGUUCAUAAUUAGCAGCUAGCUUUCAAAGCUAACUUUUGAAAUAUUAACAACUUACUCAAAAUGUAGCUCCUAUAGCUGCAAAUUAGUAUAUAUGAAUCAAAGACUCUAUCAACUGUACCCAUUGUCUUAUGUACCCCCAGAAAGAGCAUUCCUAGUUAAAUUCCUAGUUAAAUGUGCCUUGCAUGAGAUACAUCCUUUUUUUUUUUUUUUUUUUUUUAGCAGAGGAAUGGCAUUUGAGGGUUGGUUAAUAUAGUGCUGUAUCUCUAAAGCUCUGUCAGAGCGAAGUUGUAUCUCUGCUAUCACAUUUGCUCCUUUGUGCCCCGCGCCCCGCCCCCUCCACAACCAGACUCUGUUGCUCCCUUAUCACUACAACCAUUAUCUCCAUCUUCUCCUCCUCCGCUCAAUUUCGUUUUCACCACCAGAUGAUCAGUUUGCACCAUUUUUUAUCUCAUCGCUGGAAUUUUAAGAAAUAGAACUUUCUUGUUCUAUAAUUUAAAAAAAAAAAAUCCUUAUUUUCUUCCCAAGCACAUUCUAAACAAAUACAAUUCUCUAGUUUGCUUCUUUAAACAAGUUUCCAGGCACACAGCAUUUGGAGAGGCAAGGGGAACUUUGGAAACCAGAGGAACAGUUUACACCUGCUGAGAGCUAACUGCCCAAACCAAGACAUGCACCAGAAUAAAGCACUGCAGAUGGAGGAGGAGAGUCCUAGCAAGGUCCGCAUUUACUUCCCAAACAGCCCAAGCUGAGCUUUGCAUUCUUAUCACCAGAGACUUAGACUAACAACCUGUUCUAUUUAUUUAGCAUCUAGUAAAUGUCUGGCAUUUUAAAGCAAUUUAAUAUAAAUAAAACUAUUUUAUUUAAAUAAA